CCCUCCUCCCAGUGUCCAGCCCUACAGAUCCUUUGCUUUAACUUCAGUGAGGAAACAAAACUGAGGACUACAGCAAAAACACUCAGACAUGAUGGCAGGAUUUAAAAAAAAACGUUAACAGCUUUUUUUUUGGGAUUGUGUUGGGAUUUUUUUUGACGUGCAUCAGUUAUGCUGCGUGUUGUGGUUGAGUCUGCUUCGGGUCUUCCUAAAAAGAAGCUCGGCAGUCCGGACCCCAUCACAUCUGUGGUGUUUAAAGGUGAAACAAAGAAAACUCGGUCCAUCAACAAUGAAAUUAAUCCUGUCUGGAAAGAGACACUCGAAUUUGAUUUAAAGGGUUCCCCUCUUGAUUCCUCCUCCUUCAUUGAUGUGAUUGUAAAAGACUUUGAGACUCUUGGAAAAGACAAGUUUAUUGGCUCUGCAAAAGUCUACUUAAAAGACCUAGCAAGUGGUCAAGUGAAGUCAAUCCCUUCAAAGAAUUUGGCUUUAGUCAAUGACAGUGGGCAAAAUAUUGGAGCCACGAUCGAUCUCGUCAUUGGUUAUGAACCGCCAGCUAACGCUCCUCCGAACACAAAUGAUCAACAUGAUGGUGGUGUGGCAGGGAAUGCAGGUGGGGCUGAUGGAGAUGAAGAUGCCACUGAUACGGGGGGUUUACCAUCUUCUGCUCAGCCGGGCCAAAAUUCUCAACGGAGGACCAGAAAACAGCGGCCUUUAUCCAACAAACCGCAGGACUUCCAGAUCCGGGUCCGGAUCAUCGAGGGUCGCCAGUUGCCUGGAAACAACAUAAAGCCUGUUGUGAAAAUAAACGUGUGUGGAGAGACCCACAGAACUCGCAUCAAAAGAGGAAAUAACCCCUUCUUUGAUGAGAUGUUCUUCUACAAUGUCCACAUGCUGCCAUCAGACCUUUUUGAUCAACAUGUCAGCAUUCGGGUGUACAACUCUUCAUCACUGAGGUCUGACAGUCUUAUGGGAGAAUUUAAGAUUGAUGUCGGCUACAUCUACGACGAACCAGCUCACUGUGUCAUGAGGAAAUGGCUGCUUUUAAAUGACCCCGAUGACUCGAGCUCUGGAGCAAAGGGCUACCUGAAAGUCAGCAUGUUCAUCGUGGGGACCGGGGAUGAUCCUCCGGUGGAGAAGAGGGAGCGAGACAGUGAUAAUGAUGAUGUCGAGAGUAAUCUUCUGCUGCCAGCUGGAGUCGCACUGAGAUGGGUUACACUGCAGCUCAAGGUGUUUCGUGCCGAGGAUGUCCCCCAAAUGGAUGACUCCAUCUCUCAGUCUUUGAAAGAGGCAUUUGGAGGAGAAAGCAAUAAAAAGAAUCUAGUCGAUCCAUUCAUCGAGGCCUGGUUCGCUGGGAAGAAGCUGUGCACAAAAAUAAUUGAGAAGAAUGCAAACCCUGAAUGGAAUGAACUGCUUAAUCUUCAGGUUAAGUUUCCGUCUAUGUGUGAACGGAUCAAACUGACUGUAUUCGAUUGGGAUCGCCUCACGAGAAAUGAUGCCAUAGGCACUACGUACUUGAACCUGACAUCAAUAGCGUCCUCUGGUGGUGAAGUCGAAGACGAGGAUCCAGGAAAUGGGUUUCCAGGAUAUACAGGAGAAACUGGGGAGUCUGGGGUUGGUUUUCUGCCUGCAUUUGGCCCAAGCUACAUUAACUUUUAUGGCGGCCCAAGGGAGUUUACAGGAUUAAUUGAUCCUUAUGAAGACCUUAACUUUGGAAAGGGUGAAGGGGCUGCCUACAGAGGACGAGUACUCAUCGAGCUUUCCACGAAACUUGAGGGAAAGGCAGAUAAGGAAGUGGAGGCCAUACCGAAUGAUGACAUCUUGGUUGCUCAGAAAUACCAACGAAGGAGGAAGUACUGCCUGUGUGCUGUGUUCCACAGUGCCACUAUGAUUCAAGAGCCCGGGGAGCCUAUUCAGUUUGAAGUUAGCAUUGGGAACUAUGGCAACAAGCUGGACUCUACAUGCAAACCUCUCGCUUCAACCACUCAAUACAGCUGUGCCAUGUUUGAUGGUAAUCACUACUACUACUUGCCCUGGGCUGACACAAAGCCUGUUGUUGCCGUGAUGUCAUUUUGGGAGGAUAUCAGUCAUCGCUUAGAUGUUGUUAACAUCAUUCUCCACAUUGCAAACCGUUUGGAAGAUAACAUCACCGAGCUGAAAACUGCAGUACUGGCUAAGGUCUCAGACACAAAACUGUUUGAGAUUUGGAACAAGCUUUUAAGCCAACUCAUGGAGGACAUUAGCAGCUGUAAACUCCCAGACCUGGAGGGUGUGGCUAACCUCACAGCCCUGGACAUCCAGAUUAAGAAGCUACGAGACAGCACCUUCAAGAGCAUCCUGACCGCAGCUCAGUACAUGUUACAGGAGAGUGAUAACAUUACAGAGAGUGUGGCCACUAUUGACAGCUGGCUGGACAAACUUAAACAACUGGCUGAGGAGCCCCAGAACAGCAUGCCUGAUGUGAUUAUCUGGAUGUUGAGAGGAGAGAAACGGGUGGCCUACAGUCGCAUUCCAGCUCAUAAAGUUCUGUAUUCAGUGCAGAGCGAGGAGGCGUGUGGCCAGUUCUGUGGAAAAACCCAGACCAUCUUUCUAAAGUACCCAAUGGAUAAAAACAAGGGUUCCAAGAUCCCUGCUCAAAUACGGGUGAAUAUGUGGCUGGGAUUAGUUGCAGUCGAGAAAAAGUUCAAUGCUUAUGCUGAGGGCACAUUCACUGUUUUUGCAGAACUGUAUGAGAACCAGGCGAAAUUGUUGGGCAAAUGGGGUACUUCGGGUCUGCUGAAUCGCCCUAAGUUCUCUGACGUAACUGGCAAAGUGAAACUAAAGCAGGAGUAUUUUAUGCCCCCUGGAGGUUGGCAGUGGGAUGGUGACUGGUUCGUGGAUCCAGAGAAAAGUUUGCUGACGGAGGCUGAUGCGGGACACAGUGAGUUUGUGGACGAAGUAUUCGAGAAUCAGACUCGUUAUCCUGGAGGAGAGUGGGCAGCAGCGUCAGAACCGUAUACAGAUGUGAAUGGAGAGAAGGCUCGUCCCCCAGAGGAGAUAGAGUGCCCACGUGGAUGGAAAUGGAUGGAUGAGUGGACCUUUGAUGAGAAAAGGGCAGUGGAUGAGAGAGGUUGGGAAUAUGGCAUCACGAUUCCUCCUGAUGAUAAGCCUAGGUCAUGGGUGGCAGCUGAGAAAAUGUACCAUAUCCACCGCCGUAGAAGAAAAAUCCGACCGCGCAAAAAAGUGGCUGGUGAUGCCUCAGCAACUGAGAAGAAAGAUACAGGAGAUCCAGAAGGUUGGGAGUUUUCUUCUCUUAUUGGAUGGAAGUUCCACCAAAAGGAGCGCUCCUCUGAUACGUUCCGCCGACGCCGCUGGAGAAGGAAGAUGGGACCUUCUGAUAGCAUCGGGGCGUCAGCCAUCUUUAAAUUAGAGGGGGCACUGGGAAUUGAUAUGGAAGGAAAGGGGGAUGAGAAGGGUUCGAAAUCAGAUGCCACUAACUUGUUUGGAGCCAAUACACCCAAUGUGUCAUGUACUUUUGACCGAGCCUAUGAAUACCACCUACGGGUCUACGUUUACCAGGCCAGAAACCUGCUUGCCUUGGACAAAGAUAGUUUCUCGGAUCCAUAUGUGCAUGUGUCAUUCUUGCACAUGAGCCAGACCACAGAAACAGUCAAGUCCACCUUGAACCCAACUUGGGAUCAAACUCUUAUCUUCAACAGAGUGCAAAUCUAUGGGGAUCCCCAAACCAUUGCCUGCAACCCUCCUCAAGUUGUGUUGGAGAUAUUCGACAAUGACCAAGUGGGCAAAGACGAGCUGUUGGGUAGGAGUAUCUGCCUGCCAUUAGUGAAACUGAACCCAGCCAUGGAUGCAUCUCCUAAGCUUCUCUGGUGCCCUGUCGUGCACAAGGAAGUGCCUGCUGGACAAAUACUGGUUUCCGCAGAGCUCAUUUUAAGGAACAAGGGAAAUGAGACUGAACUUCCCCUUGCCCCAUCAAAGAGAGGAGACAUGCUAUACAUGGUGCCUCAGGGGGUUCGUCCUGUAGUGCAGCUCUCUGCCAUAGAGAUUCUGGCAUGGGGUUUGCGCAACAUGAAGCCCUACCAGUUGGCACCUGUGACCUCCCCAAGCUUGGUGGUGGAGUGUGGAGGUGAGAGGAUUCAGUCUGCAGUCAUCAAGACCAUGAAAAAGAGCCCCAACUUUCCUGGAAAUGUUCUUCUUUUGAAAGUGCUCUUGCCCAAAGAGGAGAUGUACACACCUCCAAUUGUGCUGAAAGUUAUUGAUCAUAGGCCAUUUGGGAGGAAGCCUGUAGUAGGCCAGUGCACCAUUGACUCACUGGAGGAAUACAGAUGUGACCCGUAUAGCACCAUGGCUGAAGUGGCUAUGUCAUCUAAAGUGGCUUUAAUGGCAGCCGCCCCUCAAGAGCUCCAUAUAAACAUAGAGGAAAGACCUCUUCUCGAAACACAGCAAGAGAAGGAGAAAGAGAUGAUUGAUUGGUGGAGCAAGCUUUAUGCUUCAAUUGGAGAACAUGAGAAAUGUGGCCCAUACCUUCAGAAAGGAUAUGACACCCUGAAGGUGUUCAACUGUGAACUUGAAAAUGUGGCUGAUUAUAAGGGGCUAACAGAUUUCUGUUCCACCUUCAAACUCUACCGUGGAAAGAGCGACACCGGUGAGGACGAUCCCUCUGUAGUUGGGGAGUUUAAGGGAUCCUUCAAGCUCUACCCGCUUUCAGAUGACCCGGCCAUACCUUCACCUCCACAGCAGUUCAGAGAGCUUCCUGACAGCGGCCCUCAGGAGUGUAUCGUCAGGAUCUAUGUGAUCAGAGCAGUUGACCUGCAACCCAAAGACAACAACGGUUUAUGUGAUCCAUACAUUAAGAUCAGUUUGGGAAAGAAGACUAUGGAUGACAGGGACAAUUACAUACCGAAUACCCUAAACCCAGUGUUUGGAAGAAUGUUUGAGAUGUCCUGCUUCCUCCCUCAAGACAAAGACCUGAAGAUCUCCAUUUAUGACUUUGACCUGCUUACUCGUGAUGAGAAAGUUGGAGAGACGGUGAUUGACCUGGAGAACCGGUUACUUUCUCGUUUCGGGUCCUACUGUGGUCUGCCGCAGACUUACUGCAUAUCUGGGACAAAUCAGUGGCGAGAUCAGCUGAAGCCGUCGCAGAUUCUUCAGCACCUUGCACGUCUGAAGGGAGUGUCUCCUCCUAGAUCUGAGGACAACGGGAACACCUUAACGUUCAAUGGGCGAGAAUAUCAGCUCUCUGACUUUGAGGCUAAUAAAGAAAUUCACCAGCACCUGGGCCCACCGAAUGAGCGGAUCGCACUGCAUGUUCUCAGGACACAAGGCCUUGUUCCAGAACACGUGGAAACCAGAACACUCUACAGCACCUUCCAACCCACUCUGUCUCAGGGAAGUCUUCAAAUGUGGGUUGAUGUUUUCCCCAAAAACCUUGGACUUCCUGGACCUCCUUUUGAUAUUACCCCACGCAAGGCUAAAACACAUAUGUUGCGUGUCAUCAUUUGGAACACCACUGAUGUCAUUUUGGAUGAAACCAGCAUCACUGGAGAGAAGAUGAGUGACAUCUAUGUGAAGGGGUGGAUGGCAGGAAAAGAGGAGUACAAGCAAAAGACUGAUGUCCAUUAUAGAUCUCUUGAUGGUGAUGGAAAUUUCAACUGGCGAUUUGUCUUUGAGUUUGAUUAUCUGCCUGCUGAGCAGCUGUGCCUGGUUUCCAAAAAGGAACAUUUUUGGAGUCUCGACAAAACAGAAUUCCGGAUUCCACCUCAGCUGAUCGUUCAGAUAUGGGACAACGAUAAGUUCUCCCUGGAUGAUUAUCUUGGCGCUGUUGAACUGAAUCUGAACAAUCUCAUCUCCCCUGCUAAAAUACCUGAGAAAUGCAGCCUGCACAUGCUGGAUAAUGUGACAAAAUCACCUCAGAAAUUCGACCAGUCCAAGUCCCUGUUUGCCCAGAAGUCGGUCAGAGGAUGGUGGCCCUGCUACAUUGAAAAAGAUGGAAAGAAGGAGCUUGGUGGGAAAGUGGAGAUGACACUGGAGAUAGUGAAUGAGAAGGAGGCAGAUGAGAGGCCAGCAGGAAAAGGCAGAGAUGAACCCAAUAUGAAUCCAAAGCUCAACCCACCAAACCGACCAGAAACUUCCUUCUUCUGGUUCACCAACCCAUGCAAGACCUUAAAGUUCGUUGUCUGGCGGAGAUUCAAGUGGCUGUUUAUCGGCUUGAUUAUAUUGAUAUUAGUGCUGCUGUUCCUUGGAAUUCUUCUUUAUUCAUUACCGAACUACAUAUCAAUGAAAAUUGUGCAACCGAUUAAAUGAGAUGGACAUCAGCUGUGGAGCGACAGUCUUCCAGAACACACAUUUUGUAAUAACGGAUCCAAAGUAUUGUUGAGGACCUAUGCUGAAAUACAGAGUUUUACCACACCCACUGUACGUUUUUAUAUAGGAGUUUAUCUUUUUCACGCCAUCACACUCACGACAAUGGGCUGUUUUAAUAACAAUCAUUUAAUAGCUUAAUCUAUGUUAUUGAAUUCAAAAACUCAUAUGUAAAAUACAUAAUAAAGAACAUUUUAAAUGAUCUUUGCACCAAAGGUGUGUUCUUAGUUCCUUGCUUACGGACAUCAACAGGUAUAUACGGUAUACACUGCAAUCUUUAGACAAGGAACAGUAAUAUGAUCAGAAAUUUAAGGCAAGACACUACAGGUAGAAAUGACAAUUUUGGUCACAUCAGUUUGUUAGGUUUUUUUGGGUUAAUGGCAGUAGUAAUAAAAAUCUUUACGCUCAACAGAAAAGCGUUAAUUUCACUCUUUUCUCCUCUCACAACCACUACAUUAUCGUUACAUUAUAUACAUUAUUAUGAUAUACAUAUGAAUCUAAUAAACCACUACGGUAGGCAUAACACGUGAAAUCACAUUGUGUUUUAAAAACUGUUCUCAGUUUUUUUU